UUUCAGGUACACAAUAAUUGUAUGGAAAAUGUCGUGAGAGAUUGCAAGUCAGGUACUAUUGAGAUCUAUAUAUAUGCCCAUCUUAAGCCACAUUGUAUUAUUAUUAAGGAGGUUUGGUUGUGAUAGCCAUUAGCCAAAGGGAGAGAGAACCUUAGAGAGGGAGGAGAGAGAGAAAGAAGAGAGAGAGAGAGUAAUUAUGUGGAGCUUAGGAGAGAUUAAUGCUAAUGAUAUAGAAAGUUGGAGGAGUAAUACUAGAACUAAUCUGUCUUCAAAGAUGCCUCUGCUGUCUCUAAAUCAUGUCUCCUUUGUUUGCAAGUCAGUAAGCAAUUCCGCGAGGUUUUAUGAGCAAGUUUUGGGUUUUGUUCUCAUCAAACGCCCUUCUUCCUUCAAGUUUGAAGGAGCUUGGUUGUUUAAUUACGGGAUCGGGAUUCACUUGCUAGAGUCAAACACAAUCCCACCAAAGAAGGGCAAGAAAAUCAACCCAAAGGACAAUCACAUAUCGUUCCAAUGCUCGGACAUGAAGCUUGUAAUGCAGAAGCUAGAGGAGAUGAACAUAGAGUAUGCGACUGCAGUGGUUGAAGAAUGUGGGGUUACAGUUGAUCAGCUCUUCUUUCAUGACCCAGAUGGUUACAUGAUAGAGAUUUGCAAUUGUCAAAAUCUUCCUGUUCUUCCACUUUCAGCAUGCCCUCUCAAGCUGCCUAGUAGCACUAAUACUAAUGCCAAAUGCAAAUCAUCAUCCUUAUAUGGCAAGCGAACCUCGGAGACGCAUUGCUCAGGAGAAGCCGCGGCUAUGAUUAUGAUGGAGAACUUGUUGGUGGAAAUGAUGAACAUAUCUAUUUGAGAGAGUAGUAGUUUGUUAUAAAUAUUUUUAAAUUAUAAGAGGUUCAUGAAAUUUUGUGGCAGUCUGUUUUUGUGGUUUUGUUUUUGUACAUUCUGUAAAAAUAAGGUGAGGUGAGAUGAUUUUGUUUUGUUUUUGUGGUUUUGAUUUUGUACAUUCUGUAAAAAUUUCUCCUGCUUUCGGCUGUGUUCAAGUUUCAUGUUCAAUUGUGAUGAUUUUUCCCCAUGUAGCCAUA